AUGGGUUUCACAGACCUGGUCCAUGACACUGGCCUCAGUGCACUUGACACCUGGGUGACAACCCGAUCCUACAUUAUCUCGUUCACUCCCUCCCAGGCCGAUGUUUCGGUGUUCAAAGCUAUUACCACCGCCCCUGACUCCACCAAGUACCCUCACGCCGCAAGAUGGUACAAGCACAUCGCAUCGUAUGAGUCCGAAUUCGAGACUCUGUCCGGCGAUCCAUCCAAACCCUAUACAGCUUACGGACCUGACAUCGCCGAAAACCAGACCGCCGCCACUGCAAACAGUGACGAUGAGGAGGAGGAAGACCUAUUUGGUAGCGACGACGAAGAGGAAGAUCCCGAGGCAAUUCGAGCCCAGGAAGAGCGUCUAGCUGCUUACAGAGAAAAGAAGGCAGCUAAACCUAAGCCUGCUGCUAAGUCCAUCGUUACGCUAGAAGUUAAGCCUUGGGACGAUGAAACCGAUAUGGUAGCCCUGGAAGCAUCGGUACGCAGCAUUGAAAAGGAUGGUUUGGUCUGGGGCGCUUCCGAAUUGGUUGCAGUUGGAUUCGGUAUCAAGAAACUAAAGAUUAUCCUCGUUGUCGAGGAUGAAAAGGUGUCAACUCUCGAUCUCCAGGAGGAAAUCGAAGGCUUCGAGGAUUACGUUCAGUCUUCGGAUGUUGUUGCCAUGCAGAAGCUGUAA